AACUGAACUGGCAUCACUGUUGGGCGACACCUCGAAUACGGAUAUCUAUCUUUUUUUGCAUCCGCAUCCCAACGCUCCAGCUUUGCCUAAAAUGCUAAAGGGCAGCACACUAAAAGCCCUGGACGUCAGAAUCCUAAGGCCCCUUAUUCAAACAAGAUUGUUCUUCUCCUGUUGCAGUGGAGGCCAGCAGCGCAGCUACUCCAACAGCAUCCACAGGUCCUACAUCACCUUCAAUGAUUUCCGCAACAAGCACCGCUGGUACACAAAAAAGGAGCUCGUGGGGUACUCCAUGCAGGACAUGUACAGCGUUGUCUCCGACGUCAGCAACUACCACAAGUUUGUGCCGUAUGUGAAGCGCUCCCACGUCCACAGCCAGGAGAAAGGAGGCUUCAAGGCGGACCUUAUCGUGGGCUUCCCGCCGCUCAGCGAGUCGUACACCUCGCAGGUCACCCUGGUGCCGCCCAGCUUGGUGAAGUCAGAGUGUCACGAUGGACGCCUGUUCAACUACCUGCUGAACGAGUGGCGAUUUAGUCCGGGACUCAAGGACAUACCCAACUCGUGCGUGCUGGACUUCAAGGUCUCCUUCGAGUUCAAGUCACUGUUGCACAGUAACGUGGCCAACCUAUUCUUCGACCUUAUCUGCGACCAGAUGGAGAACGCGUUCAUCGAGGAGGUGCGUCGUCGGAGCGGCCCACCCUCGAUCCGCUCGCACGUGCUCACCUCGCAGCGAUCUUGACGAGGGGAGUGGUAUCUUUUUAGUGAUUUAAGUUGAACUUGUGUACAUUGCGUUGACAUACCUCUUUGUUAGAACAAUUAACCAAAUUGUAAAUAAAUUGUCUAUCGAUUUGUGUAUAAACGGACA